CUCAUAAGCGGUUAUUCUAAUUCUUCAGUGUGUCAUUUCAGCCAUGUCCACCGUCGCAGCAGCGCAACCCAAGGCCAAGAAAACGGCGGCGUCAAAGAAGCCACCGUCGCAUCCUCCCUUCGCCGAGAUGAUAACGGAUGCGGUCGCGAGUUUGAAGGAGAGAACCGGUUCGAGCCAGUAUGCGAUCACCAAGUUCAUCGAGGAGAAGCACAAGGACCUACCUCCUUCCUUCCGGAAGCUUAUUCUUAACUACCUUAAGAAGUCGGUGGCCGCCGGCAAACUUAUUAAGGUUAAGAACUCCUUCAAGCUGCCAUCGACUAAACCGGCUCCGGCUAAGGCUACUACUACUGUUCCUGCUACCAAGAAGCCUAAAGCCGUGUCUAAGCCAAAUGCCAAGCCCAAGCCCAAGCCCAAGGCUGCGGCGGUUAGUGUUAAGCCCAAAGCAAAGCCGACUAAGGUGACGGCGGCGAAGAAGAAGGUGGCUGCUAAGCCUGCAAGGAAGACACCGGUAAAGGCUGUGAAGAAACCUAAGAGCGUGAAAUCGCCGGCGAAGAAGGCUAAGAAGGAUAAGAAGUGAGAAAUUGGAGCGGUUUUGGGUUUAUAUUUGGUCACUUAGUGCUGUGUGUUUCAGUCUUAUUAUUAUAAAUAGAUAUAAUGUUAGGAUGCUGUUCAUGUAAAUUCCUUUGGUGUAUUUCUGAAUUUAAUAUAGUUUCCGGCGAUUAACUUUUC